UGAGUGGAGAUGAUGGAAGCAAACAAGACUCUGGUGACGCAGUUUGUUCUCACGGGACUCACAGAUCUCCCAGGGCUGCAGGUCCCCCUGUUCCUGGUGUUCCUGGUCAUCUAUCUCACCACCAUGGCAGGCAACCUUGGACUAAUUUUUCUCAUCUGGAAGGACCCCCAUCUUCACACCCCCAUGUACUCAUUCCUGGGCAGUUUAGCCUUUGCAGAUGCUUGUUCUUCCUCUUCUGUGACUCCCAAGAUGCUAAUUAAUUUCUUAUCUGUAAAUCACACGAUAUCCCUGGUUGAGUGCAUCUCCCAAUUUUAUAUUUUUGCUUCCAGUGCAAACACAGAAUGUUUCCUCUUGGUGGUGAUGGCCUAUGACCGCUAUGUAGCCAUAUGUAAUCCCUUGCUUUACCCAAUGGUGAUGUAUAAUAUCUUCUGCACCCAAUUAAUAGGUGUUUCUUAUAUUAUUGGGUUUCUUCAUCCCAUGAUGCAUGUGGGUUUGUUAUUCAGAUUAACUUUCUGCAAAUCCAAUGUAAUACAUUAUUUCUACUGUGAAAUUUUACAACUAUUUAAGAUGUCUUGUACUGACCCUAGAAUUAAUAUGCUCCUGAUCUUUGUAUCUUCAGUCUUUAUACAGUCUUUCACUUUUAUGAGUAUCAUUAUCUCUUACACCCAUGUUCUCUUUGCCAUCCUGAAGAAGAAGUCUGAAAAGGGCAGGAACAAAGCCUUCUCCACCUGCAGUGCCCACUUGCUGUCUGUUUCCUUGUUCUAUGGCACUCUCUUCUUCAUGUAUGUGCGUCCUGGGUCUCGAUCAGCUGAAAAUCAAGAUAAACUAUAUUCUUUAUUCUAUACAAUCAUAAUUCCUCUGCUAAAUCCUUUUAUUUACAGUCUGAGGAACAAAGAGGUUAUAGGUGCCUUGAAGAGAAUAAUAAAUAAAUAA